AUGGCGUUGGCAUCGUCGAAGAAAUCAAUGCAUGCGUUACUCUCUACAGUGGUAUUAGUGGUCGUUGAUGUGAAUGGAAAGGAGCAUUUAGCACGAGCAUUGCUCGACACCGGCUCGCAACCGAACGCGAUCACUGAGCAUCUCUGUCAGAUGCUACAACUACCACGAAGGCAUGCAAGUAUUUCGAUCAAUGGAGUGAACAGCACUACUACUAGUGUGAAACAUGCUGUAACCACGGAAGUUCGAUCUCGGGUUUACAACUACAGCCAAACCAUGGAAUUUCUUGUGUUGAAGAAAGUGACGGAGAAUAUCCCUAGCGCGUCGUUCUCCACCUCUGCUGUAGGUGUUCCAUCGGGUUAUGUUUUGGCUGAUCCAGAUUUCGGAACAGCACGUCGCGUGGAUAUGAUCAUAGGUACAGCAUAUUUUUACAAACUAUUGCGUGGUGGACAAGUGCAUUUGCGUGGGCAGGCGAUAUUACUGGUUGAUACGGUAUUUGGCUGGAUUGUAACUGGAGAAGCGCCGGCCUUUCCUGAAUCACGAGUGGAAAAGGCGUUUAGUUUCCACAUAAUGGAGUCAACAGACAAGGUUCAGGAGCAACUUGAGCUGUUCUGGAAGGUUGAGGAGCUUGCUGUAUCGAACUUGUCUCCUAACGAGCAACAGUGCGAGCAAUACUUCAAGGAAACGACAAGCAGAGACUCUACCGGAAUGUACAUCGCUGCAGCGCAGAAACGUUUCCGGUUGCUGGAAACGAGAUUGUCUAAGGACACACAUCUGAAGCAGCAGUAUGACGACUUCAUGAGAGAGUACGUGUUGUUGGGUCAUAUGUUUCCAGUGCAUAUAGAACCUGACUGUUUAUCAGCAGCGCAUUACCUUCCGCAUCAUCCCGUCGUCAAGGAAGCUAGCACAACGACCAAAGUGCGUGUGGUGUUCGACGGAUCGGCGAAGACGACUACAGGCAAUUCUUUGAACGACGUGUUGCUUGUUGGACCAGUUGUGCAGGAUGAGCUGUUGACCCUCGUAGUGCGGUUUCGCAAGUAUGAGGUUGCUGUAAUUGCUGACAUCGAGAAGAUGUAUCGCCAAGUGAGUGUGCAUCCUGAAGAUAGACGUUUGCAGUCUGAGGAUGAAGGAGCUCCAUUUCCAUUGGCAUCUGAAGCUGUGAAGAAGAACCUUUACGUAGAUGACCUGAUCUCUGGCGCAGAAAACAUCGAGCAAGUUGUACAACUGCGAGAAGAGCUGACCUGUCUGAUGGAGAAGGGUGGUUUUCGUUUUCGGAAGUGGUGUUCGAACAAGAUAGGUGUGCUUGAUGGUUUGUCUCCUGAUUUGCUCGGUAUGAAAUCUUCGCACGAAUUCUAUGCUGGUGAAAGCGUCAAAACACUUGGCAUAUCUUGGGAACCGCCGAGUGAUACAUUCAGAUUCACAAUAUCGCUUUCUGUUAGCCGACCUUACACGAAGCGUUCCGUUCUUUCUUCCAUCGCUCAGCUGUACGAUCCGCUUGGAUUGAUAUCCCCCGUCAUUGUAUAA